GUAUGAGCUGGUCGUGGCCAAUAAUAUCAGAGGGUGGGACAGUGCACAAUAUGAGUUCUACUAUCAUCACAGUCUAUGAGCUGCACAGGCUGCCCACCUCAUUGCUAGAGGCAUGCUGUAUGUAGAGUGCAAAGACUGGAGAGGGUGCAGACACUUCUCUAUCAGGAAUUCCUACAGCUGAUCCAGCAUCUUCCUCCAGGAGGCAUGGCAAGAGAAUAGAAAGCUUUCUUUCCAGCACACAAAGCAUUGGGAUUAGCCUGCGAAUCAUGGAAACGGUGUAUGAUCUGCGAGGGGACAAUGACACCGGUUACAAUGGGAUUCUAUGUGAGGUCACAGACAGUGGAGCUAUCAUCAGCUGUCUGGAGGACUAUCCACACAAUGCAACUCUCCCUGACAAAGAUUUGCACACGGCAGUUCGGAUAGUCCUCUAUUCUCUGAUCUUUCUGCUGGGAGUUAUGGGGAACAGUCUGGUCAUCGUGGUACUCAUAAGGAAUAAGCGGAUGAGGACAGUCACUAAUAUCUUCUUACUCUCUCUGGCGGCCAGUGACCUCAUGCUCUGUCUUUUUUGCAUGCCCUUCACUCUAAUUCCUAACUUGCUGAAGGACUUUAUCUUUGGGAGCACUGUCUGUAGAGCCGCCUUCUAUUUCAUGGGCAUCUCUGUGAGCGUGUCAACAUUUAAUCUGGUUGCCAUAUCUUUGGAAAGGUACAGUGCAAUUUGCAAGCCAUUACAGUCACGAGUGUGGCAAACAAAGUCACAUGCCUUGAAAGUAAUCGCGGUAACCUGGUUCCUCUCCUUCGCGAUCAUGUUACCAUACCCAAUUUACAGUACAUUGGUGCCAUUUCCAAAGUCUGAGAAUGUGACAGGCAACAAUUGUAGGCUGCAGUUGCCCAGCGACCUCACACAACAGUCAUGGUAUAUCUUCCUCUUGUUAAUUCUGUUCCUUCUUCCUGGGAUUGUAAUGACUGUAGCAUAUGCUUUUAUAUCCUUGGAGCUGUACAGAGGAAUCAAGUUUGAGGUGAAUCAAAAGAAAGAACGGACAAGCAGUAUAAGCAGUAAUCAGUUUGAGAAUGGAGAUGGUUGCUAUCUACAGAAAACAAAAAGGAAGAAAAAAGUGGAAAUGCGCCAGCUUUCCGUGCCCAACAGCACCAAGAUUGAGAGAGUGAGGAGCAAUAGCUCUGCUGUCAACCUAAUGGCCAAGAAGCGGGUGAUCCGGAUGUUGAUUGUCAUUGUAAUAUUAUUUUUUCUUUGUUGGUCACCAAUAUUCAGUGUGAAUGCCUGGAGAGCCUUCGACGCUACCACUGCAGGAAUUCUGCUUUCUGGAGCACCGAUUUCCUUUAUUCACCUGCUGUCCUACACAUCUGCUUGCGUCAAUCCCAUCAUCUACUGCUUCAUGAACAAGCGUUUUCGUGUGGGGUUUCUGGCUACUUUCACCUGUUGCUCAGGCAGAAAUGUACAAAGCAGAGGGAUGGUGCAGGGGGUUGGAGAAGAAGAAGGAAGGACCACAGGGGCUUCGCUGUCCAGGUACACCUACUCCAACAUCAGCAUCUCUGCAACUGCAUCGGCUCCAACAUGAAAAAUGAACUCUCACCAUAUAGACUACUUUACGGGCAUGAGAAAUAGUAUCAUUGAGUUGCUAUCCGAAAAGACUGCACAGUGCCGUGGAUUAUGUUGCCACUUUUGGGGCCACUGCCACCCUCUGCACUUUAGGACGCUACAUAAACUGCACCUAAAGUGCUUGGAUUGUUCUUUAUCAUCAUCUUCAACAACAAAGUUCUCAGCUAAAUGUUUCAUUGGGUAUUUUUUUGUUGUUUUUUUUUAUGUCCUGCUCACUUUCUUCUUUGAGCAAUUUGGAGCAAGCACAUUUUUUUUCUUUUUUAGAUGAAUGAUGCCCUAUGUAAAACACACUACAAAUAAGUUUAACAUAUGUUUGAGGGCACAGAGAUGCAUACCCUACCUCUGGAAACCCAUCGAAAAAUGCUUCAAAAAGCCACCACAUUGGUUGUCCCAUGUUGGAAGACCUCUCCCCCCCACCCCUUCUUUUUACUGGUCCUUUUUUUCUUUUUGCCCCAUGUACUGCCCAUUCUUCCCUUUAUUGUUCGAGACUUAUGCCGCAUACACACGGUUGGAAUUUACGACAACAAAUGUUCAAUGGGAGCUUGUUGUCGGAAAUCCCAUCCGUGUGUAGGCUCCAGCGGACAUUUGCUGUCGGAAAUUCUGAGCAUGUGUACACAAUUCCAAAGCACACAAUUAAACACAUGCUCGGGAAUCAAGCAGAAGAGCCACACUGGCUAUUGAACUUCAUUUUUUUCCGCUCCUCGUACAUCUUGUAUGUCACCGCG